CUGAGAGCACUCAGAAUGGCUCCCAGUAACACCAUCAUGAUCCACAUGGAGGAGAAACUGCUGCCAAAAGAAAAGAAUAAACUGAGGAAGCCGGUGGUGGAGAAAAUGCGCCGCGACCGGAUUAACAGCAGCAUCGAGCAGCUGAAACUGCUCCUGGAGAAGGAGUUUCAGAGGCAUCAGCCCAACUCCAAGCUAGAGAAAGCCGACAUCCUAGAAGUGGCUGUCAGCUACCUGAAGCAGCAGAGCCAGCUGCAGAACCCGACAUUCACUCACAAGAACCUCGAGCAGGACUUUAACAGUGGCUACCUGCGGUGCCUCAAGGAAGCAAUGCAUUUUCUGUCCUACUAUGAACCCAAGAAGGAAACUCAGGUGCAGCUCAUCAAGCAUUUCUGCAAAGCCCAGAUGGCUGCAGAUGCCAGGUACUCUCCUGCUCUGCGUAGUCCACCCCUGUCACCCUGCCUGUUUGCCAGAAAGCAACCUGCCCAGAAGACUGUGGCUGCUGCUCCCUCCAUCUGGGGGGAAACCCCUGCUUCUGAGCCUCAGACAAUCCAUCUUUCAUUCGGGCUCUGCAGCGACAGUCCGAGAGAGACACAAACUCCUCCCACAGACAGGGAGGACAGUGACAGGGAUUUGGAUCACAACCGUGUCCCAGUGGGACAGACUGUUGCAAUAACAGCCGAGUUUUGA